CAAGUUUGGUAGCGUCCAGGGCAUCUCACCUGAGAUGUUGGUGAGGUUUGGGCGGCGCUGUGGACAGGCUAAGGAAAGCACGGAAACACAGAACUCUGAGGAAGACCAGGUUCUCUAUCCACCUCUUCUGCCUGGCACGGUAGACCUCCGUCAGGUCACCAUCAUUCCACACGGCGAGUGGAAGAGGAUUCAAGAUAGCCUUGACGGUUUGACAAGAGAAGCAGCAUGCCUUCGUGCAGAAAGAAAGGCAAAGAAAGAAAUGCAUCUCCGAUCCCAGGAAUUAGUAAAACACUGGACUAAUACUUAUGCAGGCAUGAAAGAACAGAAACUUGAAGCCAAAAAGAAACGUGAUGAAGAAGUAGAGGCAGAAAGACAAUUGCUUGAUAUGGAAGAAGAAAUACAUAAGCAAGGAGAAAGAAAAAAGGCCAUUGAAAACGCACGGCAAUAUCAGUUUUAUCAGACAGAGAGAGUGAAAAGCUUUCAUUCAGGACUUCUUCUUAGUAGAGUUAUGAAAGAACGUGAUGCCCAGAUUGAAUUCCAAAAGAGUAAAAUAAAAUCCGAUAACAAGUGGGAGGAGCAAAUGAAACUCACUGCUGAAAAAGCUCUUAAAGAAGAACAAGAAAAGGCAGCAAAAUGCCACAGAGAUAGAGUGGCCCUUGCCAAUGAUCACCUAAAACAAAUAAAGGAACAUGAAGAAGAAACAGAAAGAAAAAAGAAAGAGAGAGAAAUGGAUGCUGAGGAAAUUAAGCGGCAGAAUUCAUUAUAUGAACUAGAAAUGAGAAAAAAACUAGAAAAGAAAAAAGAAGAGAUCCAUGAAAGCAGGAGACUGUUUUUUGAACAUAUGAAUGAUAAAAAUAUCAUCAAAGCUGUAGAACAGCAGCAGCAAGUGGAGGAAGAUGAAAAGAUUAGAAAUUUUAUCAAAGCAAAAAAAUGUCUUGCAGAAAUGAAGAACAAAAAAGAAGCUGAAACACACAGGCUAAUGGAAGAACGGAGAGAAAGGAUUCAUAACUUCCUGGGUGAACUAAUGAAAGAAAAACUUGACAAUGAAGACUUGAUUAUUGCCAGAGUUAUUGCGGAAGCUGAAGCUGAAAGGGAAAAAAGAGACAUCGAAAGGUGUGAAAAAAACAAGGCAGAGAGAAAAGCGAUUGCGGAAUAUAGAGCCAUUGUGAUGAAAAAUAAAGAGGAAGAAGAAAGACAAAGAAAAAUCAACUCUAAAGAACAAUUGAUGGAGAUACUGAAAGCAGAUCAGAUAUUUUGGGAGCAUGAAAAGGAGAAAAAACGCAAAGCAGAUGAAGAACGCAGAAAAGUUCAAGAUGCCCAUAUUCAACAAAUGGCCAAAAAUAAGUUUAAUGUAAAGCAAUCGAAAGAAGCAGAAAUGGAUCAUUGCAGACUUACAGCAGCUAUUGCGGCUGAAAAGGAGAAAGAAUUCCAGGAUUAUGCAAGAGAAGUAAUUGAGGUGGAAUCCCGGUUGACUAAUAAAUAUAUUUAUCCUCUUGUAAAAGCUGUACAGGAAGGGCCUGGAGGUGGCCAUGGACCAAUGUUUAUGGACAGAGGUGGAAUAAGACCCAGCUAUAAGGCAAAUGAUGUCAUGGGGGUCCAGCUCCCUUUUUAUAACUCUCAGGGAUCAAAAUACACUAACUUUCAAAAGUCUAAGGGAAGGCUAGGUUUUACAUGGUAGAAAAAAUGCUUUUUAAGAUUAAGAAGACUAAAUUGUAGCAAUGAUGAACUACAAAGGUAAAUUAUAUACCUAUAAUUUGUCAAUAAAGUGGCUCUUCAUCUAAGU